CCGAAGUCCGGCAGAGGAAGGGCGGAAGUAGAGGGUACACUCCUGCGAUCAUGGCGCAGGAAGGAGAAGAUGUUAGAGAUUACAAUUUGACUGAGGAGCAGAAGGCGAUCAAGGCCAAGUAUCCUCCAGUCAAUCGGAAGUACGAAUAUUUGGAUCAUACAGCAGAUGUCCAGUUACAUGCAUGGGGAGAUACUCUGGAGGAAGCAUUUGAGCAGUGUGCAAUGGCCAUGUUUGGUUACAUGACAGAUACUGGGACUGUGGAGCCCCUCCAAACAAUAGAAGUAGAAACCCAAGGAGAUGACUUACAAUCUCUUCUGUUUCACUUUUUGGAUGAGUGGCUUUAUAAGUUCAGUGCUGAUGAAUUCUUCAUACCCCGGGAAGUGAAAGUACUUAAUAUUGAUCAAAGAAAUUUUAAAUUACGGUCAAUUGGGUGGGGAGAAGAAUUUUCAUUGUCCAAGCACCCUCAGGGAACGGAAGUCAAAGCAAUAACAUAUUCAGCAAUGCAGGUCUAUAAUGAAGAGAAGCCAGAAGUUUUUGUGAUAAUUGACAUUUAAGAUGCAAAAAAAUGAAAGAAAAGGAAGGACGGACAUACUCCUAUGAAGACCUUCUUUUUUUUUCAGAAAUCCUCCUUUUGAGAAGAUCAGUGAUUUGAUCUCUAUGGUGUCUUGAUAAAUGGACAUUGAUACAUCAGAAAGUUUUAACUUAAAAUGUGACUUUCAGAAAUGGGAAAAUCAGAGCAUACCCUUGGUCUGUGUUCUCUACAUAUUCAAAUUUUAAAGAAUUCUUCAGUGCUUGAGGGCAUUUAUGUUCUCUUUGUUAAUUCCCUGUUAUGUCAGCAAGUACCCCAGAUUCUUCUAAUGGAAUGAGAGUCUUCCAGCUUGGUCCCAGAAAGAAUCACUGGUAUAAGUAGCAGUUGGGAUGGAAUCUAAUUUGGAAAAAAGAAUAAUUUGAGAAAAUAACAUUUCUAUAACUAGAAUUAUGCUUUUCUUCUAAAUUUGUUAAGACACAUAUUCUGUAUGUAUGUAUCUAAGGCAUAUCAUGUCUUAUGUUGCUAUGGGACUUACCCUGUAUUCUAGUUGGUUUUAGAAAAGAACUGACCAGAAGAUUUCUAUA